AUGGUGCACCAGGAAAAACGCGUUUACCAGGCCCAGAGGAAUGAGAGAGAGUGCAUCAGGCAGAAACUUGCCCUUGGCAGUUUCUAUGACGACGAGCCAGUCAUCUAUACCAGCUGCAGCAAGAACGGCCUAUCCUCCCGACUGCAGAGUGGGGUGAACCUGCAGGUGUGUUUUGUUAAUGACAGCAGCAGUGACAAAGACAGCGAUGCUGAGGACAGUAGGACAGAGACCAGUCUGGACACACCGCUGUCACCUGUGAGCAAGCAGAGCUCAUCGUUAUCGGACCGGGACACGGCGGAGGAGGACUCAGACCCGUUAGAUGACUUUGGCGGGUUCUGGCGGGUGCAGCGCAGGCUUCAGGAGGAGGCCCGGGUGGCGCUAGCUCUGGCUCGACCCAUGGCCCGUAUGCAGGUGGAGGUGGAGAGGCAAAUCCAGCUGCACAGACGUUCACCUGUGGCUGACUUGCUUCCCCAUCUGCCCCACAUCAGCGAGUGCUUGAUGAAGAGGAAUCUGAGGCGAGGGGACAUGAGGGACAUGAGUCUGGGACAGCUGCAAGUCAUCACAAAUGACUUACACUCACAGAUUCAGAGUCUAAAUGAGGAGCUGGUGCAGUUGCUGUUAAUGAGGGAUGAGCUGCACGUGGAGCAGGACGCCAUGCUGGUGGACAUAGAGGACCUCACCAGGCAUGCUCACAGCCAUCAGCGGCACCAAGCAGAGAAAGCAAUCUCGAAAUAAACACCCCGACUACACGUGUGUCCG